AUGACAGUCAACAGGGACCCCAACCACUACACCAAGGGCCUUGCCAAGCACGUGACCAACCUGUGCCAUGAGCAUCCAGCGCUCAACAUUGUCAUGGCAAGUAUCAAAAAAUUCAAGAAGAACGAGCUGGGUUUCACCACACACAUGAAGGCCUUCAUCCCACACAUCACAGACCAGCACCAUCAUUGGUGCAGCCACAGCACGCAGCCCCCCAAGCCACCAAAGGUUGAUGCCAAUGAACACCCAGAAGUGAUCAAGAAGCUCAAGGACCUCAUCAAGGGCUACAUCAAUGACUGCCAGUGCUACAUGCAUGGGUUUUCAACAAUUCAGAACAAGUCCCUCAAUGGGACAGCAGCCAAGCAUGUUGACAAGCAGCACCAGUGGACCAUCAUGUAUGGGGCACUCUUUGACGCCAGCAUCAUCAAGCGCAACAACAGUUCUCUAUUCUUUUACCACUAG